ACAGAGACGACGCUCCGUGGCUGUCCCGUUUUUAAUUCGCUCUGAACAUAAGUGGACAGAUUGCACCCAGACAGAUUGACGUGAAAUGUGAAAUGUGGUGUCAUCGGUUGUCAACAGUUCUAAGAUAUACAAGUACUGUGCACAGUUAUACGACUGAAAGGAAAGAUGGCAGAUAAUUCAAACAGUGAAUAUUCAAGUGCUACCCGGCGUCUUCAUGUCAUCGGCAGAGCUCUGUCACGAAACAACUUCUCCCCUACCCUGCUAGUAGAACCGUCCGAUGCUUUGAUAGAUGAGCCUUUGUCUGUCAGAGUAUCGGGCCUACAGCUGCAUCAGAAGAUCACACUGUCUGCAGUUUUGAGGGGUGAAGGGAAGGAGUUUGCGUCCUGCGCACACUACACGGCUGAUGAUGCUGGUUGCGUGGAUACUGCUGUCCAGCCAAGUGAAGGAGGGUCAUUUAAUGGAAUUGAGCCGGAGGGUCUACUAUGGGCAAUGACAGCUCAGAACACGAGCUCGAAACGACUGCUUAUCAAAGACGUCACCAGACCCUAUGACGUCACCAUAUCGGUCCACUCAGAUCACAUGGACUUGAAAUCCACCCAAUCACCGUGCAACACGUCAUCAGUGCUCGAUACAACGCACGUGAGAAGAGGGUAUAUGCGUGAUGGGGUGCAGAGGAUUCCCGUACGCAAGGGGCGCUUACGUGGAACCUUAUUUAUGCCUUUAGGUGAAGGGCCGUACCCCGCCGUCCUGGAUAUGUUUGGUGGUACCGGAGGGUUGUUCGAGUUCCGGGCGGCCCUUCUCGCCUCCAGGGGAUUCCUUACGUUUGCUUUGGCGUAUCUCUUACAUGAUGGUCUACCCCGUGCAUUCGAGGAACUUGACUUCGACUAUUUCCUGGAAGCCGCCGAAAUGCUGUAUGAGCACCCUCGUGCACAGCCUGGAGGAAUUGGGGUAAUUGGCUCAUCUUUUGGAGCUGGACUUACGAAUAUGCUGGCGUCCUUCUGUGACAAGGUCACAGCAGCGGUAGCCAUCAAUGGAGUUCCGGUGUCCCCAUUACGAGACCAAGACAUCAACGGACAAACAGUUAUUGGAUACAUACCAUCAGUGGAAGCUGCUUAUGAUGAACAGAGUGUACUCUACAAGGAUUAUGAUGUACUUCCAAUUUGGCGAUAUGGAGCAAAGCUACUUCAUCUGGUCAGUGAAGAUGACAAGGUUGUAUUUGUAUCGUCGUAUAGGCACUUAAUGGCGAAGGUACCACAAGAUAAAGCACACAACAUUCAGACCGUAUUCUAUCCUGGAGCAGGUCAUCUACUGGAGCCACCCUAUGCGCCCCUGUGUAGAGAAUCCUACGUUACAGGAGGAACCCGCGUACUUUGGGGCGGAGAAAGGAAGAGCCAUGCUGUCGCCCAGGAGGAUUCGUGGAAAAGAAUUCUGGAUCAUUUCAAUACUUACCUUUCAAAAAGGAGUGUGUGAUGAACUGAAACAAUCAUUUGUGUUAUUUCACAAUAAACAGUAUUUGACCACAUUCUUCAAAGGCAUUUAGAAGUUGGUGUAGUAAUACAAGACAUCUUAUGGAUAACAACUUGAUUUAUUUUUCACAUAUACAAGAUAUGUAAAUUGAGUAUAUACAAGCGCUAGGGAAAAAUGAGAUAUAAUUGAAUAUGUACAAACAAUGCAGUGAGAUCAAAGAGCAGAAUACAA